AUGAUAAAAAAGGCAACAUCACUCUUCGUCGUUCUAAUAGUUGCUUUGCUCCUUUUGUCUCCUCUCUUCUCCAGACAAAUAGAAGCAAUAUCCACCAAACAAACAAAGCAUCGAAAGCUCGGAAAUGGAGAAGAAAAGGAAAUUAGGAGGAAUAAAUUGGUUAUCCAACUAAAAGCGAAAGUGAAGCGAAGCAACUCCAGAAGGGGACCCCAAAAGAAGAAUCCUCCAAAGAAGCCACCUUGCAAGCCCUCGACUCAUCCUCAUUAAGGGUUUUUUCCCGCGUGUUCGUAAUUAAACAACGAAAUGUUCGUAUGCAAAUGAGAUUUCAGUAAAAGAGCUGGCAAUUAGUCAAUACAAAAGAUGUCUAUCUCAACGCUCACUUAUUUUUUAUGCGGUUGUAACACAUGUCUCAACCUCAUUUGACAACGA